AUGCCCCGUCCCCCAUGUGCCCCUGAAGAGGCGGAGAAGCAUCCCUUGUUCUGGAACCAGCAGGCAUCCAAAGCCAUCCAGGCCGCCCUCGCCCUCCAGCCCAAGCACUACCUGGCCAAGAACCUCAUCCUCUUCCUGGGCGAUGGGAUGGGGGUCCCCACCAUCACGGCCACGCGGAUCCUGAAGGGGCAGCUCCAGGGCAAGCUGGGCCCCGAGACGCCGCUCGUCAUGGACACCUUCCCCUACGUGGCACUCUCCAAGACCUACAACGUGGACCGGCAAGUGCCGGACAGUGCGGGCACUUCCACGGCCUACCUGUGCGGGGUGAAGGGCAACUACCAGACCAUCGGGCUGAGCGCAGCCGCCCGCGUCUCGCAGUGCAGCACCACGUCGGGCAACGAGGUCGAGUCCGUGCUGCAGAGAGCCAGGAGGGCCGGGAAGUCAGUGGGGAUCGUGACCACGACACGGGUGCAGCAUGCGUCACCUGCUGGCUCCUAUGCCCACGUGGUCAACCGGAACUGGUACGCGGACUCCAGCAUGCCCCCGGACGCCCAGCGCGAGGGCUGCCAGGACAUUGCCGUGCAGCUCGUCCGCUACGCGGACUUCAACGUGAUCCUGGGGGGCGGGCGGAAGUACAUGUUUCCCUCUGACACGCCGGACCCCGAGUACCCGAAGGAGAACGGGACGCGCAAGGACGGCAGGAACCUCGUGAAUGAAUGGCUGGCUCCCAGGCUGGGGGCCAAGUACGUGUGGAAGAAAGCGGAUCUGGUCAGCGCCAGCCAGGACCCGGCCGUGACGUACCUGAUGGGCCUGUUUGAGCCAGCCGACAUGAAGUAUGAGUUCAACCGUGACAAGACGCUGGACCCGUCCCUCACCGAGAUGACAGAGGCGGCCAUCAGGAUCUUGAGCAGGAACCCCAAGGGCUUCUACCUCUUCGUGGAAGGAGGCAGAAUCGACCACGGGCACCACGAUGGCAUCGCCAAGGCGGCGCUGAUGGAGGCCGUGGAGUUUGACAAGGCCAUCCAGCAGGCCGGCGAGCUGACAGAUGAGGCCAAGACCCUCACCGUGGUCACGGCCGACCACUCGCACGUCUUCAGCUUCGGCGGCUACACGCUGCGCGGCUCCUCCAUCUUCGGCUUGGCACCCUCCAAGGCUGCGGACAACAAGUCGUACACAUCCAUCCUCUACGGGAACGGGCCCGGCUACCCAUACCCGGCACCCGACCGUCCCGAUGUCCUGAGGACCGCUGUCGAAGACAAUGCCUACAAGCAGCAGGCGGCCGUGCCCCUGGACUCGGAGACGCACGGCGGGGAGGACGUCGCCAUCCUGGCCAAGGGCCCCAUGGCCCACCUCUUCCACGGGGUGCAGGAGCAGACCUACGUGGCCCACGUCAUGGCCUAUGCCGCCUGCCUGGAUCCCUACCAGGACUGCGGUCUGCCGGACACCUCCGGGGCUGCCUGCGCCGGCCCCUUGCCUGCCCUGCUGGCUGCCCUCCUCCUGUGGGUGCUGACUUAGCCCCACGGCCCCACAGCCUGCUCCCCCCCGCUUGCUCUGCAGCCUCGCACCCCGCACCCUCGGCCGCCCCAGAGCCCCCGGCCUGAGCCAGCUGCUACUGUGGCGCGUUGACCUGCUGCGGUCACACACCCGGGGGUCGGUCUCGCAGGGCUCGGGGGGCUGUGCCAGGCACGCAGGGAGCAGGCAGA